AAUCGGAGCGUUGAGGUGGCACGCGCACAGUGAGCUCCCGCGCACGCGGCAUUUGCUGCCUCAAAUGAGCAGCUCACGCUGAAAAGGCUCCUUCGUUUUGACAGGCUGCAGGUAAGACCCGCUCGAUUUAUAAAGACCGCAUUCACAAAAGCGAAAAGUAUCAGGUGUAUUGUUAUAAAAUAAAGUUCUAAUUAUUCUCGUCGACAACAUUACCGGCUAUGGAUUAUAUUUGAUUUGUGCGCGCGCAGUUUGGCGUGCAUUUAUGUUGCCUUGUCGAAAAGUGGACAGGCUAACGUAUAAGGAUCUGUUGUUACGGGACUGUUUAAGGUUUUUGAAAAGCGGAUACUAAGCCUCUUUGCUGACAGGACUUCUUUCACCGCUAAAGCAUUGCAUGCAGAUACAGUACAAGGAGCCUUUGAGCAGCCCUGGAGAACUUGUUAGGCAUACCAAGAAGGUCCACAAGAGGCGAAUCUUUGAAUCUUUUGGUGAAAUUUCUGGAUCAUACAAAUUUAAUAUGCGGGAUUUAUAUGGCGAUCUCGAGAGGUUUUAUAAAAGCAAUCCCGUCUUUCUGCACAAGGAAAAGAAAUGUAGACCCUGAAUAGCCAUCCAUUCGUCUGCCGUUACAGCUCUUCAUUUGGAGACAGUGUGUGGGCUGGAAUAAAGCAGAAUCACCAACAAAAGGAUAAUUUGAACGUAAAUCAUGACUUCUCGGAUAUUCUACUUUUUUCUUUUGUCUGCGGCAUUUUUAUCCGAGCUGCAGUGCGCUUCUCAGAGAGCCACGGACGCACUUACUACUUUCCCCACGUCCGCUUUCACCAACGGCACCGACAAAAAGGACUCCAACCAAACCUUCACCUCACGGCUCAAAAGGAAAACGCUUUCGGUGGAUUUCGCCGUCCCGUCGCUGUUACGGCACUACAUGGCUCUCUUUAUAAAGCGCCCUCUUAACGGUGACUGUCUAACGUUUAACCGAUGUUACACCGUGCGCGCAAACUUACUUAUGCGCUGCGUGCCGUUACAGAAAACCAUUGCUAGUUUACUCGAUGUAAAGUUGGCCGCAAUGAAUUACAAUAGAUCCAGCACUGGACAGCUCCCGUACCGAAACAAGCGGCCCGUGCCAAAAGUUUUGAAUUUAGGUUUGACCAAAGCCAGUCGAAAGUCCAAUCAAGUUGUGGUGGAGGUUGGUGAAGAGAUGGUUAAAACUGGAUGUGGAGGACUGCAUGUGUAUGAGGACGCGCCGGUUCUGUUUUUGGAAAUGGACCUAACACGGAUUUUGGAAUGGUGGCUGGGGGCGGAGGGCGGCCGGCUCAGGGUCAGACUCAUGCCCGAGCGGAAAGCGCAGGUACCAGGGAAGGAGGACAAGUACUCUGCGGCCAUCAGAGCUUCAGAUGCCCGACUUUUUCUUCACAUAGCCUCAAGUGACCAACCAUCGGCCAAAAACUCAGGAAAUUCUUUGGCUGUCCCCAGAUACUGGAACUUUUCAUGGAUAGCAGAGGAUGAGCUAACUUUCCCUGAGGACCCAGUAUCAAAUUCAGACUGCUCCUCAAAAGGAAAAUCUUGUGACCUUGGGCCUGCUGGAUAUUAUCCUGAGUUUGCAUGGAGCCUAACAUCAGCCGAGGAUUCUUGGGCAAAGGACCAGAUGAUGGAAAAGAUAAAAGCAAAUUCCCAUGGGUGGGAGGAAGGGAGGUUUCUCUCAGUAAAUGGCUCAGCUCUGACAGGGCCAUGGGUUUUGAGUCCAUGGCUACGUGCCGCCCAGCAGCCUUGUGGCCUAGAUGUGAAGGUGUUUUUGCACCCCAGACAGAGUGGACGUUAUACCGUCUGGCUCAUCGAGAGAGACAAGCCACCACUUGCUCUCCUGACCACCGAGCACCCUCACAUCAUCGGUUGGGCGGUGGUGCACCUUAGUUUGGGCACUCGUAGCAAACCUUUCAGGAUUUCUUCCAGCUACAACCAGCCUGGCAACAUUGAGACAGCGACCUAUGACCCCCGUUUUACCACAAAUUGCAGCAUAGAAACCUCUCGAAACGUCACUCUCCGGGGCCGCUAUCACUGCCAAGAGGGCUACGAGAUCAAUGUGAGCCAGCUGUGUGACUUCAACCCUGACUGUCCACAAGGGGAUGAUGAAGGAGAACAUUGCCGUCGGUUCCUCAAUGGCAGCUAUUGCUCGUUUGGAAGGGAGGACUGCAGCUGGCAGGUGGUUCCGGGAAGCGGUCCCCAAUGGAGGAUCCAUCCAUCAAUUCCGAAAGGUCUCAGAAGCAGCUGUCCAUCAACAGGGGCGUUGUUGGCCAUUGACAGUCAACCCAAAGGUCAGCGGGGAUCAGCCCAAGUGCAAAGUCCGCUUUUUUUUUACCCACUGCGGAAUGCCCCUUGCAUGGUCAAGUUCUGGGUCUGUGGCUCUACAAAUGGAGUGCUCUCCCUCGGGAUUAUAGAGAACAGCACAGGUCCUGAGGCCUAUCACAGUCUCUGGAACUCAACAAACGAGACUAAUAUGGGGAAAGGGUGGAAACUCAUUACCAUACCUCUUUUUGGAUUGGUGGAUCUGUUCUACUUGCAGUUCAGUGCAGAUAUAUCUUCCAGUGCAGGAAGUGCCUUUGCUGUGGACAACUUUACUCUAAGCAUGGACUGUUUCCUUGAAACCAAUGGAGAAUUUCCUCCGGUAGCUCCCACAAGCCCUACACAAGCGUUGUUCACACCAAGCAUUGAGAACAUCAAGACCACUACCACACUUUAUGGAGGGCCCGGAGCAUUUUCUCUCCUACCCACGUUGAUGGAAUCUAUCAAGUGGAUAUUCCACACCUGCGGAGCCACAGGACAGGAUGGUCCAACACCAACUCAGUGCAUCAAUUCCUAUCGCAACACCAAUGUCAAUGUUUCUGUGGGCACUAAAGGACCAUUCAAGGGCAUCCAGAUGUGGCGGGUUCCAGAGACAAGGAAAUAUAGGAUCACAGCAUAUGGGGCAGCUGGUGGCCGCAGUGUCUUGGCUGUUCACAAGUCGCAUGGAGUCUACAUCACUGGAGAUUUCCUGUUACAGAAAGAUGAGCUGCUGUAUAUUCUAGUAGGACAAGAGGGAGAAGAUGCUUGUCCUAAUAUGGUGGCUGCUAUGAACCGUAUUUGCAGGGAACAGCAUGGACCCUCCAUCAACAAGACCCAGCUCAAGGGAGGGGGAGGAGGAGGGGGAGGGGGAACGUAUGUUUUCAAGGUGGAGAAUGGAGUCCACAUUCCUUUACUCAUUGCCGCUGGAGGUGGUGGUCGUGGCUACAGCAGCCAGUCUGAAAACCCGGAGGAAGUGAUGGAUAAAAACAUCCCUGGCCGUAAUGGCAGAUCAGGAGCAGCAGGGGGCGGAGGAGGCUGGAAUGACACUGCCCCUGUUUCUCAAGGUGGCAGACCUCUCAUUCUAGGAGGUCAAGGUGGGGAGCCCUGUCAACUCAUGGGAUGGAAAACUCGGGGUGGUUUUGGGGGCGGUGGAGGGGCCUGCACAGCUGGUGGAGGAGGUGGAGGAUACAGAGGAGGCAACGCAUCAAAGGAUAAUAAUCCCAGAAAGGAUGGAGAUGAUGGAACAUCUUUCAUAAACCCAAAUGGCGAGAUGUAUCUGGAGCCACUCAAAGGCAUGGAAGGCAACGGUGAAGUUAUUAUCAACCCAGUGCAAAACUGCAGUCACUGUGAAUCAGGAGAUUGCCACGAGACCUUUGAGGGCACAGUGUGUUACUGUGAUGAAGAGCUCACUCUGGCCUCAGAUGGAGUGUCCUGUAUCAACUCCACUGAAUUGUCUAUGCUGCCUUCCCCGCCAUCUCUGGCAGUGGGUCUCUCAGUAGGGACCUCUGCACUCAUUGCCGCCCUGCUGCUGGUCGUGUCUGGCGUCAUGAUCAUGUACAGGCGUAAACACACAGAGCUGCAGUCUAUUCAGCUGGAGCUACAGAGUCCUGACUGUAAACUCAGCAAACUACGGGCUUCCACCAUCAUGACCGACUACAACCCUAAUUACUGCUUUGGCGGAAAGACUGCAUCUGUCAAUGAUCUAAAGGAGGUGCCACGCCGCAACAUCUCUCUAACCAGAGGUUUAGGUCAUGGUGCUUUUGGGGAGGUCUAUGAAGGACUUGCUGUUGGUAUACCAGGGGAGCCUAGUCCUAUGCAGGUAGCAGUAAAGACCCUUCCGGAAGUAUGCUCUGAGCAGGACGAACUGGACUUUCUCAUGGAAGCCCUUAUUAUCAGCAAGUUUAGUCACCAGAACAUUGUGCGAUGUAUCGGGGUGAGUCUCCAGGCACUGCCUCGCUUUAUUCUGCUGGAACUCAUGGCUGGAGGAGAUCUUAAGAGCUUUUUGAGGGAAACUAGACCCAGACUAGAGCACCCUUCCAGUCUUACCAUGGUAGACCUUCUCAACAUAGCCAGAGACAUAGCCCGUGGCUGCCAGUAUUUAGAAGAGAACCAAUUCAUCCACAGGGAUAUUGCAGCCAGGAAUUGUCUUCUGACCUGCAAAGGUCCAGGGAGAGUGGCUAAGAUUGGCGACUUUGGGAUGGCCAGAGACAUUUACAGAGCCAGCUAUUACAGAAAAGGAGGACGUGCAAUGCUGCCUGUAAAAUGGAUGCCUCCCGAGGCUUUUAUGGAGGGAAUCUUUACCUCAAAAACAGAUACAUGGUCAUUUGGAGUUUUGCUUUGGGAGAUCUUCUCCCUGGGCUAUAUGCCUUACCCGAGCCGCAGUAAUCAAGAGGUGCUAGAGUUUGUGACUAACGGAGGCCGGAUGGAUCCGCCAAAGAAUUGCCCUGGGCCAGUGUACCGCAUAAUGACACAAAGUUGGCAGCAUCAACCAGAUGACAGACCAAACUUUUCAACUAUUCUAGAGCGGAUAGACUAUUGUCUACAGGAUCCAGAUGUGGUGAAUGUGCCUUUGCCUGUCGAGUAUGGCCCUAUUCCUGAGGAAGAAGAGCGGGUACCCAUGCGUCCUGAAGACCCUUCUGCCCCCUCCUUGCUUAUAAACCCUAAGGGCACAGAGAAUGCAUCAUCUGUCUCUACAAGCAACUCAGAGCAGGCUAAGGGGGACGGGGAGACCCCACUCAUGCCAAGCCACUCUUCUGAUAACCCACCUGAUCCCCCAUCUCAGCCUCAACCUCAUCACCACCCUCACACCCUGGUAGCCACUGCCCCCAUACCUACUGCUAAACUUUCCUCUACAACUCCCACAACCACCCAAGAUGGAGGCCAUGUGAAUCUAGGCUUUAUGCAGGCCCACACAUCAGAGAAGGAGAGCCAUAAUGGAAAGCCCACCAACCUGUGGAACCCCACUUAUGGCUCAUGGUUUCUCCAGCAGCAACAGAAGAGGCAGCAUUCACAGAGGCAGACGAGUGGCCCACGGAUCCCGGGUAAAGGUCAGGAACAAGCAGGCCGGACUGUCACAGUAGCGGAAGCUCUGGGCCUGCAGCAACAGCACAAACAGCAACAAUACCAACAGCAGCUCCAGCGUCAACAUCAACAGCAGCAACAACAAGGCCUGUGCGGUCAACUUUUACCCCCGCCUCCUUCCCAGGCACCAUUGCUUCUGGAUUCUGCCACUCUAGCUCCAGUCCCUCUCUACAGACUACGUCGCUUUCCUUGCGGGAACAUCGGGUAUGGCUAUCAGGAGCAGGGUUUGCCCUUGGAGCCUAUGCCAGGGCCCCAGCCACCUCCUCAUUCUGGUCAGCAGAGGCCCAUAUCUUUGGCUCGGGCCAGUGGGCCUGAGGACAGCCGCCCACUUUUGGUCACCAUGGGUACGGUGCAAGACUCCAGACUCCCUAAAAUGGAAGGACACAAUGCCACUGUGCUGUGACUGUGCACGCUCUUUUUCUGUCAGUGCCAACUCUGCGAAACACUGUGCUGUCUGGCUACAUCCACCCUUUGAUGGAAUAUUGUAAACUCAAAGAAAGCUCUCAAAAGUCCAUUGUUCAUUGAAACAGAUUGACUGUUAGUUAUUUGGAAGACUGAUUUUCUUCUCAAAGCCACAUUUGAAAGUCUGAGAGACAAAAAAGAAAACUGAUUAGACCCUCCAAUGACUAAUUCUGUGAAAAAGACUAUAUUAUAAUAUAAUAUUUUUCCAAAAUUGGGGAGAAAAAAAAUUAUUUGUUGAUGUUUGCUUGCCUGCUUGUUUAUUUAUUCAUUUGUUAAUUUAUUAUUUGGAGGUCAUGUAAAUUAUUAAUGGGUGUGCUUCAGAAAGCAAACUGUCCCAUUCAUUAUGUAUCAUUUUGCUCUUUUUUGGACUUGGUUAGCUUUUAAACUGCCACAGAAUUCAUCUGUCAGAUAAAAUUAAUUAAUGGAGUUUUUAAUUGCUUGUGUGUCAGAAACCGACAAGUGUCUUAGGCAGUCGAUGGCUUUUUGCAACGUGACAUCUUGUUGCCUUUUAAAUGGGAGGAAAUGUAGCAACUGGUGAGGGAUCAGUCAGUAAAGGCCCUUUCACAGUAGUUCUCAAUGCUCCUUACACCAUGAUUGUAGCACUGCUUUGAUAUUUACAUGAAAAGCACUGUACAAGGGGCCUCAUUUAUAAAAUGCUGCAUAAAAACCAUCCUACAUUUGAUCUUACGAUCAUUUAACAAAAAUGCGUACAUGUGUUUAAUAAACCGAACGUACGUGCAGAAAACGCGCGUACCCCUUUCAAAUCUAUAAAUCGCAACUGAACUUGAACUUGUGCACGCAGCUGAGCAGUUUCAGAUCUCCGCUUUUAAACGAUGCUUAAUUAAUGUCAGACAUAUAAAAGUGCGCUUAUCAAUGUUUAAACCCAAUUUCAAACAGAAAGAAUGGCUUAUAUUUCCAAAAACCUGCAGCAAUCAGACAAGCAAAAAUGCGUCUGUCUGCUCAGACCCUGACGUGGCGCUAAGCACUUUUCAAGACAGUUUUCAUAAAUAUGGACUUUGCCGUGGAUUUUUGCCUACGCACACUUUACGAUCAAAUAUGUGCGUACGCACGCUUUAUAAAUGAGGGCCCAGGUCAUGUUUCGGGCUUUUCAGGUAGUAAAAAUGUGAAAGGUGUGCACAGAAAUUUGUGAAAGGAAACAAAAGAAGGUGAUAUGUUUAAGAUCUGAAAUGGAGAAUAUUUUGUAGACUGCUUUCAUUUAAGGAAUAAAAGAUGUUUGUCAUAACAUCCAUGCUGAAAAGACCAGCUUUAACCAGCUAGUCUAGCUGGUGGUCUGGCACGGUAAUUACCAGCAAACCUUGGUUAGUGAAGGAUGCUGACCAGCAAAGUUUCACAGUUAAAGCUGGUUGACCAUUUAAAAUAUCAAAUGUUGGUGACUAGCUAUGCUGGUCUUUUAAGCAGAGAAAUCUUGGAUGUUGUGCUGUAUUUUGUUUUUUUUUAAUAAGCUCAAGCUUGAAUUUAUUUAUUUUUUUCAUUUCCAAAGUGGAACAACCCAAGAGUGAUACAUCAUGGCAAUCGUAAUCAUUUGCUAAGUUGUUUAAACAUUAUCACACUAUAAAAGUUGAGUUGCACGCAACAUAGCUUGGCAGUGACACCACAGCUUGACAUUUUGCUUUUUAGGGUUCAAACUUGUGGACUGUUGAUGUGACUCAUGUGAAAGGCUCUUGACUGUGCUGAAUAAAUAUCUGGCAUUGGCUACAUAAGAUGAAAUUCAUGCAUUUUCUUAAAAAAAGGUACUUAUAUCUGUAUUUCAUUGUUUUUUGCUUUAACAUUGACAUUUUGCUUAUGUAUAUAGAAGCCUGUUUGCUCAGAACAUUAUUAACUGUCCAUCACUUAUGGUUUUGGUUUCUUUAUCAGAAAGUAUAUUAAUGAGAAACAUCCAUUUUCAUAUAUAAUUAGCCAUUGUGACAGGCAUAAAUAUAUAUUUGCUUAUUUCUCUCAAGCUGCUAUUUCAAACUUUCUUAUUUGUAAUAUCUUACUAUGAGAAAGAAAUGUCGCACUUCAUAAAGGAAUACUUCUUGGUUAUUUUUCACUCAUUUUGAGAGGGUCUAGUAUUUUUGUUACUAGUGGUUUCGUGAAAAAAAAAUAUUAUGACAUCAUAAUCUUUCUUUGUCACCUUUGUAAAAAGUUAUACAUUGGUGUAUACAAAAUUGUAACUAAGAAAGAUGUUUAAAUAUUCUUUAAAUGUAACAUCCCUGGUGACUUUAUGAGAUAAUGAUUUACAAUGCCAGAGGAUGGCUUUUUGUUAGCAUUAUUGCUAUUCUUUUGUCAUAAGUAUAUUUAUGUAUAUUUUAAUAAAGCUAGCCUGAGGUUUGAGAGCUGCCUAUAUGGUUUUGGGAUUUUUAUUUUUUUUGCUAAUCACAAUGAAAAGUGACCACACUCUUGUAAAAAUGUUGUAAAACCUUAUUGUAUCAUGUAUCUGUUAAUCUCUGUAAUUCAACAUUGACAUCUGAGACAUGAAUAAAUGACUUUACUUUGUUCUUGCUCCUACACACAUAAUGCUUAUUUUUAAAACUAUAUAACAUAUUCUGUACACUGUAAAAAAAUAAAUUGUUGGCUCAAUGAAUUAUUUUUUAGUAACUAGUUCCACAGAAAUUUUACGUUCACUCAAUUUCUGUCUCCAAAGUGUUACCUGGAUUGAUGUUUUUUAGU